AUGGCAACAUAUUCAAGAAUCCUACUCCUCACCAUUUUACUCAUAUCAACUUCAAUUCAAACUUCUGCAGAAAAAUGGUCCAAUGCACCACCACCAUGCAAUUUUCCCGCCAUUUACAACUUCGGCGAUUCAAAUUCCGACACCGGCGGCAUGUCAGCGGCAUUCGGCCCCAUUCCUCCGCCCUACGGCCAAGAUUUCUUCCAUGGCCCCGCCGGAAGAGAAUCCGAUGGCCGCCUUAUCAUAGACUUCAUCGUUAAAAUAAGUUGUUUUUCUUGUGCAGCUGAGUAUCUAGGGCUACCUUAUUUGAGUGCAUAUCUUGAUUCACUAGGCACGAAUUUUCGACACGGUGCGAAUUUCGCUGCCGGCGGAUCAACUAUCCGCAGACAAAACGAGACUAUUUACGAAAAUGGGAUAAGUCCGUUUUCGCUCGAUAUACAAGUUACGAACUUCGACCAGUUCAAAUCAAGAACUAGUGAACUAUAUCACAGAGCGAAAAAACCGUUCGACAAAAGUCAACUACCUAGGCCUCGAGAAUUCUCGAGGGCUUUAUACACAUUCGAUAUCGGUCAAAACGACAUUCUUGACGGUUUCCGAAAGUUAACGAUGCCUCAACUCAAAGCUGCAUUACCAGAUAUUGUUGAACAUUUUGCUUCAUCUAUAAUACAUUUAUAUGAAAAGGGGGCAAGAAAUUUCUGGAUUCAUAAUACGGGCCCACUCGGAUGUUUGCCGGCAGCCACUCUUUACAUCACAAAUCCGAAGCCCGGUUUUUUCGACAAUUACGGUUGCAUUAAAAGCCAUAAUUCAAUGGUUAUUGAGUUCAACAAACAGCUUAAAUCAAGAAUCGAUAAGUUGAGGAAACAGCUUCGUCGAGCUUCAAUAAUCUACGUCGACGUCUACUCAGCUAAAUAUCACUUAAUCAGCAACACCAAAUACUACGGAUUUACGGACCCUUUGAAGAUAUGCUGCGGUCGGCACGAAAAUAAUUUCGACGUAUGGUGUGGGCAAACAAUGAUAAUUAACGGCUCGGAAAUUAUAGGCGUUUCGUGUAGUUCACCGGCUUCGUAUAUUAGCUGGGAUGGGGUCCACUACUCUCAAGCUGCUAAUCAGUGGGUUGCUAAUCACAUACUCAAUGGCUCGUUGUCCGAUCCACUAUUCGACGUUACUCAUGCAUGUCUUAAUCAUUGAGCUUUGUGAUAAUAAUCUAAAUCCUAGUAACAGAAAAAAAACGUUUCAUCGGUCAACAUUCAGAUCCCCUGUCUUAAUUCUUGGAUUAAAAAGUUGCUCGAAAGAUGUCAUAAAAAUCGAAUCUUUACUAUUG